AUACUAUCUCCUCGAGGGCGCGGCCCUGAUGAAUACAAUGUGGAGAACGAAUAUGAGAAGUCGGCUCGAAACGUAAAACAUGGCCAACGCAAAAAUAACACGAUGCUGCUCACCUCCUUGGAACGAACGCAUGGGAACGUCAACUCUGUAUUCUCCAUCAUAGCCAGGAACCCGAACCCGAACCCGAAGAGUUUUAGUCUAAUGCUUAACUUAAUAGACUGAUGAUGCGUACCUUUUCAAAAAGAUGCACCUCAAAUUCGACAUUUCCUCGAUAUGCAGACUUGCUCAGUCUGUAUGCAGCGGUGAGACCUGCAAGACCGCUGCCAACGACCGCAACUUUCACUAUUCGUGGCAUUCUUCAAAUUGGGCACUACAGGUCCGUGAAUAUCAUGAAGAGGAGGAGUAAGAGAGGGGACUGCGGUUCUGGAGAUGCAUUUGAAGGCUCUCCUCGAUCGAAGGAUGAUCGCAGUCAUACGACAUCUUCUAUUGGUCUUCCAUGUCAAGCAGAAAUCUCAAUAAAUACAAAAGCAGGCUACAUCGACGAAGGGACUGGCAAUCAUGCAGCAACCCUCCUGCGUUUCUCACCCCGCUCGUGUUCAACGGACUGUUCUCGCGACCGAGAACGCCGUCUCUCUUUUUGUCUUCUGUCAUCGUCUCUCCAUCUAUCCCUCCUUGGCGACGGUGAUCUUGAUCUCCUCCUCUCAUACCUGUCUCUGUCGUCGUAUCGGCUACCUUUCCCUCUUUCCCUUUCUCGGUCCCAUCCUCUGUCGCGCUCACGGUCAUCUCGUCUUCGUUCAUCUUUCCAGUCGCGAGCCCGUUCGUCUCCUCCUCUUGGCUUAUUACGCUCCCUCUCGCCACCGUCUCGGUUUCGCCAUGAUGACCCUCGGUCAUCAGUCCGUUCAUCUCCUUUCCUUCCCCAUUGUCUUGAACCAACCGUGGCAGCUCCAGUGCUAUUGGCGCCAGUUCCUAUACGAC